AUGUGGCCCUCAAUCCCAAUCAUUCUGGCUGUUUUAGUAGCUUCAUUCAGCCCGGUGGCCGCCAAAGACCACCGAAAGAGCUGUACAAUCAAGGGUGGCGGGAGCAAUGUGACCGAUGAUGCUCCAGCUAUCAUGAAGGCAUUCAGAAAGUGCGGCCGAAACGGAAGAGUUGUCUUCGAGCCUACAACGUACUAUGUUAACUCAGUUAUGAACGUCUCCUGGCUCGAGGAUGUUGAUAUCGACAUCCACGGUACCCUUUUGUGGAGCACCGAUAUCGCAUACUGGCUGAACAACUCAAUGCAGGUUGGGUAUCAAAAUCAGUCAACAGCCUUGAUAAUCGGCGGUGAUAAUGUCCGAAUCAACGGUUAUGGGAAAGGCACGUUCGAUGGUAAUGGUGAUUAUUGGUAUCAAUGGAUUAGAGAGCAACCAAACACAUCCAACUACCCAGGCCGGCCGCACGCUGUGACCUUCAGUAAUCUUCGAAACUCGGCUAUUCGUGGCCUCACAUUCCUGAGGAGUCAGAUGUGGACGAUGUCAAUCAUUCAGUCUCAUAAUGUUUUGCUUGAUAGUAUCCUCGUAAACAACACCGGGAAUUGGGCACAGAGCUCCAACACCGAUGGGGCCGAUACCAUCCACUCUUCACAUAUCACAUUCAAUAACUGGACCGUCUACAAUGGCGAUGACAGCCUUUCUAUGAAGGCUAACAGCACUGACAUAACCAUUACAAACAGCAAGUUUUACAAUGGAUUAGGUAUUGCUAUGGGAAGCAUUGGGCAAUACAAGGACCAAUUCGAGACAAUUGAGAGGGUCACGGUCAAAAACAUCGAAUACUACAACACAUUACAUGCUUUCUAUAUUAAAACAUGGACAGCCGAUCAGAAUGGCUACCCACCGAACGGAGGAGGCGGCGGACUCGGAUUUGCAUCUGAGAUGAAACUCACGAACCUGACCACGACAGGACUUCGUGGGGCCGCGUUCGCAAUCUCUCAGUGCACGCGAUUCUCAGGUGCACCAGGCCAAGGCAACUGCACGAACUCAGAAUUCCAGAUCAAGGACGUGGAAAUUGACGGUCUAUCCGGGACCAGCGAGUCAACGCGGGUGGCAAGCUUGCAGUGCAGCACUGUUGCGCCGUGCACCAAUAUUUCCAUCUUUGACACUGCCCUGCACUUUAGUAAUGGCACUGAUGCGGAGGGGUACCUGCGGAAGCGCCACUGGGGAGUGCUAGGAAUGAGCUUGAUUAUGCUGGAAAACGCUCCUAAUCAGCCAUAA